GUCCUCGGUAACAGUUGAUAUCGGGAAUUCUCGAGCCUCCUACUACAGCGUGUUGAUUGGAGUCCUAUACUACACGGCGCAACUCUCCUUUACCAUUGUCCGAUCGAAGCUGCAACGCAAACCCGAGCCAUCAAUUGAGUCACAAUGCUUGCGCAGAGAGCUACCCAGCAGGCGCUGAGGCGCUUCGCCCAGCGCUCGGUGAUCUCCCAGGCGGCAGCGAAGAACCUCGCCGCGCCUCUCUCCCUCACAUCCCAGAUCCAGACCCGCCCCGUCGCAACGCAAAAGCACCUCACCCCCGCCGACUCCUACAAGAUCCUCGUCGAGCAGCGCCGCCUCCGCCCCAUCUCUCCUCACUUGAGCAUCUACCGCCCUCAAAUCACCUGGUACGCGUCGAUGUUUAACCGCAUCACCGGCGUCGUGCUGUCUGGUACCUUCUACCUCUUCGGGAUCGGGUACCUUGCCGCGCCGGUUCUGGGACUGAACCUGGGCUCAGCGUCGCUGGCGGCUGGGUUCGCGGCGUGGCCGAUCGUGGCGCAGGUUGCGACGAAGCUGUUCUUCUCGGUGCCGUUUACGUUCCAUGCCUUUAAUGGGGUUAGGCAUUUGGUGUGGGAUACUGGACGCCAGUUUACGAAUAAGGCGGUUAUUAAGACGGGGUGGACGGUGGUGGGGUUGACGGCUGCGUCGAGCUUGUACCUUUCUCUCUUUGUUUAGGGGGUGUGUAGAGGGGUUGCAUGGAUCGUUGCAUUGAUCGUGGGAUUGAUCGUGGGGGGAUGGAGUUGAUUGUAUCAAGAUAAAGAACAGAUUGUGGAAUAAAAUACUUAUUUUAAAACUACUUGGGAGCCC